CACAUAUACACACCGCACAGCCGGGAAGAAACACACACACUACCUUCACAUCUUCUACCUGUGCUGCACCCCAGAAAACAUGACCACUGAUUUCAAUGGCUACUGGAAGAUGUUAAGCAAUGCGAAUUUUGAGGAGUAUCUGAGAGCCCUUGACGUCAAUGUCGCCAUCAGGAAGAUUGCCACUCUGCUAAAACCCGACAAAGAUAUUAUUCAGAGUGGAGAUCACAUGACCAUUAAAACACUGAGCACUUUUAGAAACUAUAUCAUGGAGUUUGACGUGGGAAAGGAGUUUGAGGAGGAUUUGUCUGGAGUUGAUGAUCGCAAAUGCAUGACCACAGUCAACUGGGAAGAUAACAAACUGGUUUGUGUGCAGAAGGGGGAGAAGGAGGGACGUGGAUGGACACAGUGGGUGGAAGGAGAUGAAUUGCAUCUGGAGAUGCGGGUUGGAGACGUUGUAUGCAAACAGGUUUUUAAGAAAGUUCGCCAGUGACGCAGACUCUGACUGACUGGCUAAAAGAAGACAUUGUCCCUGUUAGAUGUUAGAAACCCUACACAAAUUGCUGAAUUAUUAUUUUAGGGCCAGGUAUUUGUGAUUUUGUUUUAUAAUGUGACUUUAGGUACUUUAAUAAAAGCUCUGAUGUGACUUCCUAAGCUUGAUGAGUAGUCUGUCUGGUAUGGAAUAUGUUGAUGUACAAGUAUAUGAAUGCAAAACAAAUAAAUAUUCUUUAUUUCCUUUCAAACUUUACAAAAA